AUAUUAUUUCGGAAUAUUCAUGAAACUGGAAUAUCCAAAGAAAAAAAUUACACCUGACAUAGUAAAUUUUAUUUUAAAUGAUUGAAACCAGACUUAUACAGUUUAUAAUCUCAUAAACGCACAUAAUUCUGUAGCUAGUUUUGAUCCUUUUGGAUUUGAAACCCUUAGCCUAUUCACUCUUUGACUACAUCCUAUUUCCAAUACGGAAAUUUUAAUUUUAAAGAAUAAUAAUCGAUGAAGUCUUACUAGUCAAAUAUCAAUUUAAUUAAAUUCUUUUUUAUUUAAAAAUUUAUUUUAUAGAAAUUUGGAUAGAUUAUACGCAUGCUUAACGUGUUCAUGUCAUUUUGUAAUUUGUAACAAAUAUGAAAUACGUAACUUUCUUGGUAGAAAAAGUAGACACAGCCAAAUGUGGACCUCAUAUAUAUAGUCGGUCGUACGCAUUCAAUCUUUUGCUCUUUGCUCUAUAAAGAAAGUCAUCUUCUAUUACAAAUCACCGUCAUUAGUCUCUAUAUUAGUUCUCUCUUCUUUGCAAAACUUCUGCCUCCAUAAGAACAGAACAGAGCAAAGAAGAAAAGCUGAAGCUUUGUUAUUUUGAAGUAAAUCAAAUAGACUCUCUUUCUUCUUUUGUAUGAGACAGAGAAGCUUCUUAUGGAGUUCUUUACUGCAGAUGGUUCUUUCUCCAUGUGGAAAGAUGUUGCUGGAAUCGCAGUGUUGCAUUGUUUGUUCUGUUUCAGGUAACAUAUUUGCAUUUGGGCUAUUUGUUUCACCGAUGCCAACAUUUAGGAGAAUCAUGAGGAACAAAUCUACCGAGCAAUUCUCUGGUUUACCAUAUAUUUACGCUCUCUUAAACUGCUUGAUCUGCCUUUGGUAUGGCUCACCUUACGUAUCCCAAAGAAACUUCAUGCUUGUGACUGUUAAUGGCGUUGGAGCCACUUUCCAGCUUUGUUACAUUAUCCUCUUCAUCUUGCAUACAGACGAGAAAACCAAGAUGAGGAUGCUUGUUUUGCUUCUUGUGGUGUUUGCUGUGGUUGCGUUGGUUGUAGCUGGAAGUUUGCAGAUACCUGAGAAGGUCACACGAUGGUACCUUGUCGGGUUCUUGAGCUGCGGUUCUCUUGUCUCGAUGGUUGCUUCGCCCUUGUUUGUUAUUAACUUAGUGAUUCAGACAAAGAGUGUUGAGUUUAUGCCGUUUUAUCUCUCUCUAUCGACUUUCUUGAUGAGCGCUUCCUUCUUCAUGUUCGGACUAUUCAACAGUGACGCCUUUGUUUAUACACCAAAUGGAAUAGGAACGGUUCUUGGUAUUGUGCAGCUAUCUUUGUAUUGCUACUACCACAGAAACUCUAUAGAGGAGGAAGCAAAAGAGCCCUUGAUUGUUUCUUAUGUAUGAGUUUCGGCAAAGAAGCUAGUUUUGAUGGCUCAAUUGCUUAAGAUUAUGUGAGACCACAUGAAAGAUUCACUGAUGUGGGUUUUGUUUGUGUGUGUGAUGGAGAUCUCUGGUAGGUUGAUUUUGAAGAACAUUUGUUCAUAUAUUGUUUGUUCUAAAAGAUUAUUCUAUUUGUUUGUCAAUAAGAUUUUUUUCUUUGUUA